CUCACACUUCCCAAUUCCUGAAUCUCGUCAUAUUCAUCACGCAAUCUCUCCGAAAGAGAGAAAAUUGUUGUCAACGAAAAUCGAAUCCUUGGAGAAGAAAUAUUCCUAAUUCCCUAUCUGUUUUAGGGCAUUUGGGCUGUAAGGAAAAUAGUUACUUUAGUUGUACACGCAGAAUUUGGUUUCCUUCCGAGUUUCCCAAAGGAUUAUUUGUUCGAUAGUGUUUGCUUCGUUGGUGGUUGGAUUUGAUCAGCAUUUUUAACAAGUGAUCUUCGUCGUAAAAGUAAAUUAAAGUCUCGCUUUCAAAUAGUAAGAAAGUAGAUUUCCAACAGGCUGCCAUUAGAGUUGCUCUCAACUGGUAAGUUUUUGUUCAGCCAUAUCUCUCCCUUUCUAAAGUUUAGUCAUUUAUGAAUCUAGUUUGGAUGUGGACUGACUAUUCCUGCUUGCUAAAUUGCUAUUCUAUGAUCAAACACUAUCUUGAUAUAAGAUACCUUGUCUUUUGCGUAAAAGCAGUUAUCUGCCCGGAGAUUUUAAGCUACUUCUCGUUUACAAAUUUCUCUUUUCAAAUGUGACAUAAUAUUCUAAACUCGCCAAGUGUUCUAACUCGCUCAAUGUGUGAGUAGCUUACACAGUGCAUACAAGAUGGCUGGUGUAAAGCGAAAAUUAUGUAGCGAGUCAGAUGAUCAUGCUCUUCUUCACAAAGAACUGGAUGAGGUUUCAUGUCCUAUUUGCAUGGAUCACCCACAUAAUGCUGUUCUACUGCUAUGCAGCUCAUAUGACAAAGGUUGCAGGUCUUACAUCUGUGAUACAAGUUAUCGACAUUCAAAUUGUCUGGAUCGGUUUAAGAAAUUGCAGUCUGAAUCUACAAACACUUCCACUGAUACCCCUGAAGUGAACUUAGCUUUAAGAUCAAAUCUCAAUUGGUCACAGCCUGAGGGCGAUACAGCCCGAACAGUUAGUUUUAACCGCUUGACUAGGAACCUAGAUUCUGAAGGUAUAUAUGAGCUUGGGGACUCUACAUCUUUGAGGAGAGUUGAACAGGAACAGUUGGAGGAACAGAACCAGAGAAUGAAUUUGAAAUGCCCGCACUGCCGUGGUAAUGUUUCAGGAUGGAAGGUUGUGGAAAAGGUAAGAAAUUAUCUCAACUCGAAGACUCGAAGCUGCUCCCGGGAAUCCUGCUCUUUUACCGGAAAUUACCUUGAGCUACGCCGACAUGCCAGAAGGGUUCACCCAAAAACCCGGCCUUCAGACAUUGAUCCAUCGAGGGAGAGAGAAUGGCAAUACCUCGAGAACCAAAGAGAGUAUGGAGAUAUAGUCAGUGCCAUUCGUUCCACCAUGCCCGGGGCUGUUGUUGUUGGAGAUUACGUCAUAGAAAACGGAGAUAGGUUCUCCAGAGAAAGGGAAGACGAGAACUCAGGCGAUCUCAAUACACCUUGGAGGACCACUUUGUUCCUAUUUCAGAUGAUCGGGUCGCUUGACCACGGAGGCAGCGGCUCAAGGACCAACAGACCACGGGCAUGGAGAAAUCGUCGACGUGCUUCAGAAAGGCGAUACCUUUGGGGGGAAAACGUGCAGAGUCAGAGUCUACAAGAGGUGCAUGGCAAUGACAUGUCCCCUGUCCCAAGAAGGCGUCGAAGGUUGUUGGCUCGUUCAAGGUCAGGCAAUGGUCGCCCCCAAUGAUCGGAUCAGAUCACUUUCGACUGGCGAAAACGGUGAUUCUUUCUCGCAAGGAAUCAUCUUUCCAUCAGAAAACAUCGCCAAGAUAAAAAGGGGAUGCUUCUUUCUCUCGUAAGAAGCGCUUGAAAACCUCUCUUCCUAUCUCUGAUCGAAGUCGAACUCGUCGGCUUUAUUGAAGAUUUACAGUAGUUGUGCAUGUGUUAUAUUAUAUGUUUGUUGUGUCUGGCUUGUAAACUAUAUAAUAUAUCCAAUGCCUUUGUUUCAAGUGAUUAUUCA